UUGGAUUCUUAUUGUCAAAUUCGUUGCAGAGGUGUGGAAGCGAAGGAGAAAAUUGAUGCUGACUACAGCGGAAUCACGGGUUUAUGUGAGCGGUUGAAAACUGACCCGAACAAUGGUAUACCAAAUACAAGCACAGAAUUGGAACGACGGCGGGCUGUGUUCGGUGCGAACGAAAUUCCACCUCAUCCACCCAAGUGUUUUUUGCAGCUAGUCUGGGAAGCAUUGCAGGAUGUCACUUUGGUUAUUCUUUUGGUGUCAGCCAUCGUCUCGUUAGCGUUGUCCUUCUAUCGGCCUCCAGAUGAUGGUACUGUUAUUGACGACAGUGAGCAUGAUGCUGGUUGGAUCGAAGGAGUUGCUAUUUUGAUAUCCGUUAUUGUCGUCGUAUUGGUAACUGCACUCAAUGAUUACACAAAAGAGCGACAAUUUAGAGGACUUCAAGCGAAGAUUGAAACGGAGCACAAGUUCUCAGUGAUUAGGGGAGGACAAUCAGUUCAGGUAGUCGUCAACGAGCUCGUAGUUGGUGAUGUUGCUCAAAUCAAGUAUGGUGAUUUACUUCCUGCUGAUGGUGUUCUCAUCCAAGCGAACGAUCUCAAAAUUGAUGAAUCUUCACUGACUGGAGAGUCUGAUCUUAUACGAAAAACACCUGAUCAUGAUCCAGUAAUUUUAUCUGGAACGCAUGUUAUGGAAGGAUCCGCCAAAAUGCUUGUCACAGCCGUUGGUGUUAACUCGCAAACGGGUAUCAUCAUGACACUUUUGGGUGCAGCAAAGACGGUGGCUGAGGAGGAGCGAAAAGCGGCGAAGAGAGAAGGAGACGCUGUUCUUGAACCAGACGAAGGCACCGCUCAGGCUUUACUUGAUGGUGUCGCUAAUGGUAAAGUUAUUCCUGAGGAAACUGGAAAGAAGGAGCGCUCAGUUCUACAGGCGAAGUUGACCCGACUGGCUAUACAAAUUGGUUAUGCAGGAUCGUUUGUGGCUGGUUGUACGGUGCUGAUUCUGGUUAUCCGUUUCUGUAUCUCUCGGUAUGCCAUUGAAGAGAAGUCGUUCUCGCUAGCUGACUUCCAGCAUUUCAUCAAUUUUCUCAUUAUCGGCGUUACUGUUCUCGUAGUGGCUGUUCCCGAAGGAUUGCCUUUAGCUGUGACACUUUCACUUGCCUAUUCAGUGAAAAAGAUGAUGUUGGAUAACAAUCUUGUUCGUCACCUGGAUGCUUGUGAAACUAUGGGUAACGCAACGUCAAUUUGUUCGGAUAAGACAGGAACGCUGACCACAAAUAGAAUGACCGUUGUGCAGUCUUACAUUAAUGAUGUUCACUAUAAGGAAAUCCCGAAAAUGGAAUCUCUUCACAAGGAGACGCUGGAACUGUUGUUGAACUGCAUUUCAAUAAACAGUAGUUAUUCAUCACAGGUUAUACCAGCAAAACAAAUAGGUGAACAAGCUACUCAACUGGGAAACAAAACUGAAUGUGGUAUGCUUGGUUUUGUGUUAGCGCUUGGUGCCAGUUACCAAAAUAUUCGUGACAAGAAUCCUGAGGAGUCCAUUUUCAAGGUGUACACGUUCAACUCAGUACGGAAGAGCAUGUCAACGGUAAUCAAUCGAACUGGUGGUGGCUAUCGUGUAUUCAGCAAAGGUGCUUCUGAGAUAAUCACAAAAAAGUACAACGGGCAACUUAUCAAAUUUGGUGCAAAGGAUGUUGAAGCCUUAGUUCAUAAUGUAAUCGAACCAAUGGCCUCGGAUGGAUUACGUACAAUUUGUUUGGCUUACAAGGAUUACGUACCAGCAGGCGGACAUGUAGGAGAGAAUCAGAUCGCCUACACGGGCGAAGUUGACUGGGAUAACGAAGACUCCAUUGUGAGUGAUUUGACUGCUAUCGCAAUACUUGGCAUCCAAGAUCCCGUUAGACCUGAAGUGCCAGCUGCUAUCACAAAAUGUCAGGAAGCAGGAAUCACAGUGCGUAUGGUAACUGGUGACAAUAUUAACACAGCUCGAUCUAUUGCUACCGCAUGUGGAAUUCUGAAGCCCGGAGAAGAUUUCAUUGCUCUUGAGGGGAAAGAGUUUAAUUCGAGAAUUAGGGACGAGAAUGGUGAAGUUUCUCAAGAAAAAUUGGACCAGAUCUGGCCGAAAUUGCGUGUUCUCGCUCGAGCUCAACCUUCGGACAAAUACACUCUUGUUAAGGGUAUUAUCGAUUCUCGAGUAACGGAUGCUCGUGAGGUGGUUGCGGUGACCGGAGAUGGAACAAAUGAUGGACCAGCUCUCAAGAAAGCCGAUGUCGGCUUUGCUAUGGGUAUUGCUGGUACCGAUGUUGCGAAGGAAGCUUCUGACAUCAUCCUUACCGAUGACAACUUUACUUCUAUUGUGAAAGCAGUGAUGUGGGGACGUAAUGUAUACGAUUCAAUCGCGAAAUUCCUACAAUUCCAACUCACUGUGAACGUGGUGGCCGUCGUGGUUGCCUUCGUUGGUGCUUGUGCUAUUCAGGACACACCAUUAAAGGCUGUACAAAUGCUCUGGGUGAACCUUAUUAUGGACACGUUAGCCUCUUUGGCGUUAGCUACAGAAAUGCCUACAGAAGAGCUCCUUAAAAGGAAACCCUAUGGUCGCACUAGCCCACUGAUUUCCCGCACAAUGAGCAAGAACAUUCUUGGGCAUGCGAUGUACCAACUUGUUGUUCUCUUUGUACUGAUUUUCUAUGGUGAAAAACUUUUCGAUAUUCCAUCCGGUCGCUGGGCACCUCUUCACUCACCACCGUCUGUUCACUUCACCAUCGUGUUCAACACCUUCGUUAUGAUGACAUUAUUCAACGAGAUUAAUGCAAGAAAGAUUCAUGGCGAGAGAAAUGUAUUUUCUGGUCUGUUCUCGAAUCCAAUAUACUACAUCAUCUGGAUCGCCACAUUUGUUUCACAAAUCUUAAUCGUGCAGUUCGGCGGGCGUUGGUUCAGCACUGCGGCGCUCAACAUUGAACAGUGGUUGUGGUGUUUGGCACUUGGCUUUGGGACUUUACUUUGGGGGCAGCUGGUGACAUCAAUACCGACCGGUAGCCUCCCACAGAACAUGACUAUCGGUUCUGGAGAAGCGCCGAUUAGCGAUCCGUUGAUGCCUGACUAUGAAGAUCCAGAUACUCAUGAGAAGCGUUCUGGUCAGAUUCUGUGGGUGCGUGGUCUGACGCGACUGCAAACGCAGUUACGAGUUGUGAAAGCGUUCCGUUCAUCACUGGAAGAGUUUGACGAGAGACGUUCGAUUGCCUCCACUCACUCAGUACAAUCAAUGCGUGGCUGGUCACGUCUGGCAUCGAGUCCAGACCCGACCGGUGCUCGAGCAGCACUCGCAACGCUUUCGCAUCGACAUUCGCCGCAGCCAUAUCCGUACUACCAUCAUCAGCAACCGCGAACACCCUCACCACAACCGCAGAUAGUGGUGGAAAACGGCGGCGGUGGUGUCGGUGAUGGAAACUCUACCGUUCCAUCACCUGCGGUUUUCAGUGUUAAAUUAGAGAAAGUGCCUUUGGUACAGAAGUGGUCACCGGGUACAAACUCAUCCUAUUCUCAGCGUAUCUCAAAAAGCAUGUCUUUGGACACGUCUAUGUCGGUCGCGCACGUCUGA